AUGGAUUUAGAAAAGAAAAAUAAAUUUUUUUUAUUUGAUGUUGAUGGAACAUUAACAUAUUCAAGAAAAGUAAUCCAUCAGAAGAUGGUUGACAUUUUAUUAGAACUUAAAUCAAAGGAAAAGUGUUCAAUAGGUGUAGUAGGAGGUUCUGAUUAUAAAAAGAUUUUAGAGCAAAUAAAAUAUCCAGAAAUUUUUGAUUACAUAUUUUCUGAAAAUGGAAUAGUAUCAUAUAAAAACAAUGAAAAAUGUUUCUCAGAAAGUAUAGUUAAUUUUUUAGGAGAAGACAAAUUAAAAAAGUUGAUAAACUAUUGUCUAAUAUACAUAGCUAAUUUAGAUAUACCAAAGAAAAGAGGAACAUUCAUAGAGUUAAGAAAUGGUAUAAUAAAUAUUAGCCCAAUAGGGAGAAAUUGUUCUCAAGAAGAAAGGGAAGAGUUUUCUGCUUUUAAUAUAGAGAAUGAUAUCAUUAAAAAUUUUCGUUUAAAUCUAAUGAAGGAAUUUGAAGGUUUUAAUUUGACUUUUUCUAUUGGUGGCCAAAUAUCUAUAGAUUGUUUUCCUACAGGAUGGGAUAAAAGAUUUUGUUUGAGGCAUAUUGAUAAAAAUUUCGGUGAAAUUUAUUUUUUUGGAGAUAGAACAGAAAAAGGUGGAAAUGAUUAUGAGAUAUAUAAUGAUAAAAGGGUUAAAGGAUAUUCAGUUAAAAAUCCAGAAGACACUAUGAGCAUUUUAAAGAAAAUAUUAAAUAUGUAA